AUGGAACGCGUUUUCGAGUUAUUCGACAGACCGGUUAAUAAGCCAGAGCUUUCAGAAUCGGAGAAUGAUAUAGAUGAACUGUACGCUCUGUGCGAUGAUCCAAUGCAAUAUCCCGUUAAACUGAUUGAUGAAAAACUACUUUUCACUGACCUGGCUCGGAUUCAGGACUUAUUUGUCGAGAAUACCGGAUUCUUGGUUGUCGGAGCUUUAGGUUUACAAGGUUGCGGAAAAUCCAGUCUCUUAAAUGUAAUGGCUAAUCAGUUAACAAGCAGAACAAUUCUUCUGGAUGGCCCUUUCAAGGUUCAGUCCCUCCAGAAUCUUACAACAAACAGUCCACAAACAGGAGGUAUUGAUCUGUAUAUCACUCAGGAUCGUAUCAUUUUGCUUGACACACAGCCUCUGAUGUCUUUUGCUUUAACGAACUAUCACACACGAAAUGCGAGUUCCAUCUCUGGUACACAUAUGGACAUUACACCAAACCCACCGAAUGACGGAGCAGCAAGCUCGACGCUGACUGGUCCAGGUAACUGGUCGAUGGAUGUUUGGGCCGAGAUGGCUUCGUUGCAAGUGAGUCGUGUUUCCAGGAUUUGCCUUUUCGAAUCGUAUUUUAUGACUUGUAGGAAAGCACAUUUACACUUGAAUCAAGCUUCAUGCAUUGGUGAUCACAAUCGUUAA